GGCGAGAGUGGCGCCGAGGGCCGGAGAUGCCCGCCUUGCUCUGCCUGCCGUUGCUGCUGCUGCAGCCGCCGUAGCGCGAGGGCAGAUCAGAAUCCACAUGCUGCGUUUUCAGAAGCACUGAAUGAAUAUGGAUAUUUACACGUAUGUCAGCACAAAGAAUCUCUCUUCUUCAGCCAAUAUGUCCAAUCUGCUUUCAAGCAGAUUUGGGUACCAGCUGAACUUCACCAGCAAUUCUCCUUCCAUGUCAAUAAGUAAGCUUUUCCCAGCCUUGUUACAGUGCUUUGGCAUAAUCCUUUGUGGAUAUAUAGCUGGAAGAGUUAACAUAAUCACAUCAACUCAGGCCAAAGGACUCGGAAACUUUGUCUCCUGCUUUGCACUCCCAGCUUUAUUGUUCAAAAACAUGGUCGUACUGAAUUUUUCCAAUGUGAAUUGGUCCUUCUUAUACAGCAUCCUGGUUGCCAAAGCAUCAGUGUUCUUCUUGGUUUGUAUUUUAACACUGUUGAUAGCUACUCCUGAGAGGCGGUUUAGCAGAGCUGGACUGUUUCCUAUUUUUGCUACUCAGAGCAAUGACUUUGCACUGGGCUAUCCUAUAGUUGAAGCUUUAUAUCAAACCACAUAUCCAGAGUAUCUCCAGUACAUUUACCUGGUUGCGCCAAUAUCUCUUAUGAUGCUAAACCCCUUAGGAUUUAUCUUCUGCGAAGUCCAGAAAUCGCGAGACAAUCAUAAUCUCUCUCACAGCAAAAUCAAGAUUGUGGGACUUGGGCUUCUUCGAGUGCUGCAGAACCCAAUUGUAUUCAUGGUCUUCAUAGGAAUUGGCUCAAACUUCAUUCUUAAGCAAAAAAUUCCCGAAUAUUUGGAAAACUUUUUUGAUGGACUUGGCAGCUCGUUUUCUGGCUCGGCACUCUUUUAUCUGGGCCUCACAAUGGUGGGCCAAAUAAAGAAGCUGACGAAGGGUACAUUUGUUGCACUGAUUCUUCUCAUCACAGCUAAACUGCUGCUGAUGCCGCUUCUAUGCAGGGAAAUGGUGGAACUGUUCGACAAGAGCGACAGCAUGGUCAACCACACCAGUUUAUCAAACUAUGCAUUUCUGUAUGGUGUCUUUCCAUCAGCUCCUGGUGUGGCUAUAUUUGCAACUCAGUUCAACAUGGAAGUUGAAAUUAUAACUUCUGGUAUGGUGAUCAGCACUUUUGUUUCUGCCCCCAUCAUGUAUGUUUCUGCCUGGCUGUUGACCAUCCCAUCUAUGGAUCCCACUAGACUGGCAUCUGCAAUCCAAAACGUUAGCUUUGAUAUUAGUAUCGUCAGUCUUGUCUCUUUGAUCUGGUCCCUUGGUGUUAUUCUUCUAAGUAAAAAAUACAAGCAGCUUCCUCAUAUGCUCACAACUAACCUACUCAUUGCUCAGUUUGUAGCCUGUGUUGGAAUGGUAAUGUGGAAUUUCACUAUUAAAGAGAAAAGCAUCGCUCUGCAAAUCCUUGUGUUCAUCUUCCUGUACAGUUCGCUUUACAGUGCUUUUUUGUGGACAGGUUUCUUAUCUUUCUCUCUACUGCUUUUGAAAAGAAGAGAAGCCAUAAAGAUCCCUGUCGGAUUUAUCAUUAUAGCUGGCUGGGGUAUUCCAGCUGUUCUUGUGGGAAUCCUGUUAAUCGCUGGCGAACGCUCGGAUAACAUCAUUGAUUCUGCGUUCUUUUAUGGAAAAGAUCAGAUGAUUAUCACAGCAGUAGUCGUAUCCAUCAGCAUAUUGAUAUCGGGUGUAUCACUCAUGUGUAUGAACAGAUCUGGAAUGGAAGCCAGCUAUGAGGUGUUGACCCAAGAUUCCCAACACAGUCAAACAGAGGAAACAGAAAGGGAAUUUAACGAGCACAGUAGAUCUCCAGACAGUUCUUCUCAUUCGUUGGUGGACCCUUCAAUGGAAAGAGGGUGCUGUGAGUGCCAAAAGCCGAAUAGAAGGUUAUGCUGUUCUGAAGGAGAGCCAGGAUCCAGUAGUAGCAGCACCCGCGAUAACCGCACUACAUCGAUUGAGACAGCGAAUCGGUGUUUAAGUCCAUGCAGUUCUCAGAGCUGUGCCUUGGUCCAGGAAGAGCAGCUUCUGCAAACUGGAGAUAAGCAGCUGGCUAGACAUGUGCUGCUGUGCUUGCUUCUCAUUGUGGGCCUCUUUGCUAAUUUAUCCAGCUGUUUGUGGUGGUUGUUCAACCAAGAACCUGGAAGACUCUAUGUGGAACUACAAUUCUUUUGUGCUGUAUUUAAUUUUGGUCAGGGAUUCAUUUCUUUUGGAAUUUUUGGUUUAGACAAACAUCUUAUUAUUCUUCCAUUCAAACGGAGGUUUGAAUUCCUCUGGGGUAACAGGACAUCGGAGCGCAGGGAAUCCACUGUACCUGAGGAAAUCCGGAUGACGUGCCAACAGUUUGUUAAUUACCACAAAGAGAUGUGUGUCAGGAGCAUUGUCCAAGACAGAAGGUGUGGCACAAAGACUGUGGCCGGGGUCUUCUGUGGCUGUGACCUGGUGAACUGGCUCAUAGAAGUUGGCCUUGCCUUAGACCGUGGGGGAGCUGUGGUGUAUGGAGAAAGACUGGUGAAAGGAGGCAUCAUCCAGCAUAUUGCCGAUGAAUUUGAGUUCCGGGACGAGCAGUUGUACUAUCGCUUUGUGCCUAGGAGAAGUGUGGCAGUAGAAAGCCAUGGAAAUGAGGAUGCACUUUGAAGCUAGCCAAAAAGAGUUGCCCCAACUCUUUCCUGACCCCUAGUUCUCACGCUCUUCUGUGAUGUUCUCUUAGUGAUAAUAUGGUUCUGUUUGUGUCCUACCCAAAGAGAAUUAAUGUCUCAUGUGUUGAAUACUGACUAAUGAGUCAUUUCAGGGAAUUAUUUAAAGUAUUUUUGAUUUUUGAACUAUGAAUCGCUUCACAAAAGUUUCAUUGCCUGUGCAAACAGUACUCUGCAAAAGUCUGUGCUUGAGAAAAGUGUUGUGUUCUCCAGUUUAAUUCUGUUUUUGAAUUGUGAUGCACUGGCAAACAGCAAGGGAUAGUUAUUCAACACAUUUUGGCCAGUCUGUUACUCCCUUUUGAACAUAAAAUCCUCUAUUUGUGCUGACAUAAUGAGACUGUGAAGAUUGUUGUGGUGUCUGAGGAUUAGAAUGGGGAAAUAAGCAGAUUUUUGCCAUUAGCAGUUCUUGGGUGAACAAGCCAAUCAUUUCAAAGAAU